UUGAACUGAUUGGUUUAGAGUUUUACCGCGUGUGUAAAGUUUUGUCCUGGCAGCUCCUGUGUCGGGUCAGUCUGUGUGCCAGAGCAGCGGUCAGACAGAGGAGCUGACGGGAGCGGAGUGAAGUGGAAAUGGUCCACCACCGGCGCGUUUCUCUGCGUCUCACUUGUCUUUUUUUCUCGCCCGAAACUCCUGCAGGUCUGCACGAUGUGGUAUUAGCUGCUGGUCUCAGGUCGGGAGUUGGGAUUCUCACUGUUGGAUCUACAGGAUGCAUCGUCACCUGAACUCACAUAAUGUGCAGUCCGAAGAAACGCGGUUCUGAGUGACAAGUUCGCUUGACAUUUUCUUUAAACACCUCUUUAAAUCUCACAUACGGAAUCUCCUUAAGCGCAAUGAUUUUAACAACUUUCGUCAUUAUAUUGUCCUUUCUGGACUCAGUGUUCACCUUGAGGGGUGACGGCAGCUCAGCCUCCCGGUCCGUGCGCCUGGACUGCGUGAAGGCCAGUGAGCAGUGUCUAAAGGAGUACAGCUGCAGCACCAAGUACCGGACCAUGAGGCAGUGCGUGGCGGGGAGGGAGAGCAACUUCAGUGCGGUCACCGGUCCCGAGGCGCAGGGCGAGUGCCGCAGCGCAAUAGAUGCCAUGAAGCAGAGCCCCCUCUAUAACUGCAGGUGUAGAAGAGGCAUGAAGAAGGAGAAGAACUGUCUCCGGAUCUUUUGGAGCAUAUUUCAGAGUUUACAGGGUAAUGAUUUGCUUGAAUACUCUCCGUAUGAACCAGUCAACAGCCGGCUCUCAGAUAUCUUCCGCCUGGCCCCCAUCAUAGCUGCUGAGCCUGCAUCCACAAAGGAGAACAACUGCCUGAAUGCUGCCAAGGCCUGUAACCUGAAUGACACAUGUAAGAAAUACCGCUCAGCUUACAUCAACCCCUGUACUAGCAGGGUGUCUGCUUCUGAGGUAUGCAACAAACGCAAAUGCCACAAGGCCCUGCGGCAGUUCUUUGACAAGGUUCCAAAUAAAUACAGCUAUGGGAUGCUGUUUUGCUCCUGUCCAGCGGGGGAUCAGACAGCAUGUGCAGAACGACGACGACAAACAAUUGUACCCAUCUGCUCCUAUGAGGAUAAAGACAAACCAAACUGUCUGUCUCUUCAGAACACAUGCAAGACGAACUACAUCUGCAGGUCAAGGCUGGCAGACUUCAUCAGCAACUGUCAGCCUGAAGCUCGUUCCAUAUCUGGCUGUCUGAGGGAGAACUAUGCUGACUGUCUGCUGUCUUACUCAGGUCUUAUUGGUACAGUGAUGACACCCAAUUAUGUGCGAUCACUUGGUAUUAGCCUGUCACCAUGGUGUGACUGCAGCAGCAGCGGGAACAGCAAGCCAGACUGUGAAAGAUUUGCUGAGUUUUUCACCACCAAUCGAUGCCUACGUAACGCCAUCCAGGCAUUUGGCAAUGGUACUGACGUUGGUGUUUGGCAACCUCAACCCCCAAUUCAGCCUACUGUACUAGAGCCUAGCAUCACUCGGAGGGGUAAAGACCGAACCAAUAACGCACUGGACACACUGACGGACAUGAACAAACUGGAUCUUGAUGGCGAAUCAUUAUAUCACAUCUGCGGGACCUUACAGGCACAAAAACUGGUUUCAAAUCUAACAGUGGAUACUUCUCUAUGUUUGAACCAUCAACUGGAUGAGUCCGGUGACUCAAACGCCAUUGCUAGAAGCUCAGCAGCUGAACACACCUGCUUACAUCACUCAAGUAUGGUCCUCACACUAGCCUUUGCUUUAACACCAAUAGUGUUACAGCUUGAAGGUUUCCAGCUUUUGUAGGAUCUGAGGAGUAUGUAUCAACACUCUAAUCUCAAGAAGUGAUUCAAAUCAUAUUAAUUUAAACGUUUACCAAAGUGGGGCACCUCCAUUUUUCUUGAAAUGGACAGGAGCAACAGAGGACUGUAAGAGCACUGCAAUCACAGACAACAGUGGAUUAUAUCUGAGGAUCGACUGCAUUGGAAACAGACCAGCUGAAGCUGUUGCUGAGAUAUCAGCUCAUUUGCCUUCGGUGCCUCAAGGGG